AUGGGAGGUAUAAUUGCUGUGCAAUUUAAAGAUCACGUGAUGUUGUGCGCUGACGUUAAAAAUACAUCAGCAAGUGCAUUUGUUCUGCCAGGAAGGGCAAACAUUUACGAGCUUGACAAACAUCUAUUAUUGGCAGCGGAAGGCGAUCCAUCAGAUAUCGAACAACUGGUCAAUCAUAUUAAGCUGACUAUAAAUCUAUUUAGAAUAAAACACGGAUACAGCUUAAGUAUUAAAGGGAUAAUUAAUAUAGCAACUGAUGCAUUAUCGACUCCUGAACACACAAAUCCUCUGUUUGCCGAUCCUAUAAUUGUUGGAUACGAUAAAGAUUUGGGGCCACAAGUAUACUUAUUAAACUUUAUGGGUUUAUCGUUGAAAACUAAAUACUGUUUUCAUGGAUGCGGAGAAAUGACGAUGCCUAUUGUAGAUCUGCAUUAUAGGCCAAUCUUACAAUUAGAUAGCUCACGAGAAAUUUUAGCUCUCUGA